UGACGUGAUUGCUUAUUCCAUGUAGGUACUUUCUGUCUCAUCUGUUCGAUGAAAUUUCACAGUCAAAGCUACAAUCUUCAUGCAUCUAAUAUUUUUUUUCAAUUAAUCGAUGGUGGAUUGAUUUACGAAUCUAAUAAUUUUCUUUAUUUUUCAUCCUUCUGGUCCUUAUAACAAAUAUGUCUGGUGGUCACAAGCACCGUUAUAAGAACGCAGGCUUGAGCGCUGAUGAACUGCGUCGCCGCCGCGAAGAAGAAGGUGUGCAGCUUCGGAAACAGAAAAGAGAACAGCAGCUUUUCAAGAGAAGAAAUGUUAAUCUUCCUGCACCAAAUGCACCUGACAACUUAUUGGAUGAUAUCAAUAUAUCACCAUCUGAGGACAUCACUCCAGCGAUGGUUGCAGCCUUAUAUAGUGACAAUCCCCAAGAACAAGUUGUGGCCACUCAAAAGUUUAGAAAACUAUUGAGUCAAGAACCAAAUCCUCCAAUAGAUGAAGUUAUUCGAACCGGCAUAGUUCCUAAAUUUGUUGAAUUCCUAACAACUAAUAAUCCAGCACUGCAGUUUGAGGCAGCAUGGGCUCUUACAAACAUAGCAUCUGGUUCAUCAGAACAAACCCGUGUGGUAGUGGAAUGUGGUGCAGUGCCUGUGCUUGUUAGCCUGGUUGGUGGCGGUGGAAGUGAUGAUGUCCGUGAACAGGCUGUGUGGGCACUCGGUAAUGUGGCUGGUGACUCACCACGCUGUCGAGACACUGUGCUUGCUGCUGGAAUCCUACCACCAUUGCUAGAAAUAUUAAAUAAAUAUACGAGGUUAUCCAUGACGAAGAAUGCAGUUUGGACUCUAUCAAAUUUGUGUAGAGGCAAAAAUCCGCCGACCAACUUUGAAGCUGUUGCUCCAGGUAUUCCGGUGUUGGCGCGAUUGUUACAUCAUACCGACGCAGAUGUAUUAAGCGACGCAUGCUGGGCUCUCUCUUACUUGUCAGAUGGACCAAAUGAGAAGAUUCAGGCAGUGAUAGAUGCUGGAGUUUGUAGGCGACUUGUGGAACUAUUGAUGCACAACAAAUCAACAGUUGUAUCGGCGGCAUUGAGAGCUGUCGGUAAUAUUGUGACGGGCAAUGACGCGCAAACGCAAGCAGUGUUGAACUGCAAUCCACUACCCAACUUGCAUGCGCUCUUACGGUCCAGCACUGAAGCGCUACGGAAAGAAUCUUGCUGGACACUCUCUAACAUAACAGCUGGCAAUGCUGCACAGAUUCAGGAAGUAAUAGAUGCUAACAUUUUCCCAGCACUGAUAGAAAUUUUGAGACAAGCUGAGUUUAAAACAAGGAAAGAAGCAGCUUGGGCUAUUACUAAUGCCACUAGUGGAGGCAGUCAUGACCAAAUUAGGUAUUUAGUUGAGCAAGGUUGUAUACCACCUUUAUGUGAAUUAUUAACGUUAACGGACGCCAAGACUGUCCAAGUCGCAUUAAACGGAUUAGACAAUAUAUUAAAGGCAGGACAACAAGCUGAUCAAAGAGACAAUCCUUAUGCUGGCCUCAUUGAAGAGUGCUUUGGUUUGGAUAAGAUAGAAUUUCUCCAAUCACACGAAAACCUUGACAUAUAUCAAAAAUCUUUCGAGAUUAUUGAGAACUAUUUUGGAUCUGAAGAAGAAGAUGGCAGACUUGCGCCUGCGGUAUCGUCUACUACGGACCAAUAUCAGUUUAAUACCGAUCAGUCGGUUCCUAUGGGUGGCUUCCAAUUCUAACCUAGGCUUAUUAUUAUACUUUAUAUGAUGCUGACCGUGCAGUGAGUAUAAUUAUAUUGUGAUGUUUUGUAAAUUUAUUGUUUCUUUAGUCACAAAUUGAAUGGAAUUUGAAGGUUUUAUUAAAAUCCAAAUUUUAUCUCUUAUUUAAACUUUUAUACCUGCUAGUGCUGUGGAUAAUGACUGCAGCUGGUUUCUAAGAUCUUUUAUCUUCUUAGGGAGAUAUAUAUUUAAGUGCUUUUAAUUAAAUCAGAUAGACACAGUUGUUUUCGUUAAAAAUAUUAAAUCCAAACUUUGGUAGAUAAUAAAUAGUCCUUAAAUGUAGUCACAGCAAUCAUGCCUUGGAAUAAGUGUAAAAGAGAAAAAGACAUUAUGCCAUUUUGUGCUCUUAACAACUGUGCAAUAAGAUUCUUACAAAAUGUAUCACAAUUCUACUGGUAAAUUAUUCAAUGAGGAAUUCAAGAACAUUACAAUACUAACACAAUACUAGGUAUAUCUAAUAAUAAUUACGUCAUCACUCAUCAUGAUGUAGGUAAAAUCGAGUUAUUAUAAUGACUAAACUAAGAUUAUAUGUAGAUAGAGCCACAUGUAUUUCCUAUUUAUACAUAUACUUUUAAAUGCAAUAAUUAUUAAUAAUUUAGUGCUUGUGGCAUCUUGUAACAUCUUGAAGAUCAUCAUUAGAUCAUAAAGGUAGAAUGCAUUAUAGCUUAAUCUGAAAUUCACUUGGAAACAAUAUGCUUAUUGAAAUCAAAGUGCUUGUUAAAAGUGAGAUCAUAGUUCCAUGUAUGUACUAUAUUAUAGUAGGUAGCAAACCCUGACAGGUGUACUGACCAACACUGACAAUAUCAGCUUUGUAAUACAUAGGCAAUAUGCUUACUCAGCGACAUUGGAAAUAAAAUUAGUUAUGUUUAACAAUGAUGACCUACUUUUGUUUAACCAUGUACUAAAACUCAUUUACAAUAUUUUGCUUUAUUGUGACUGAAGAAAUUUUUUUUUCAGAUAUCUAUGUGUAUACAGAAGUGGGUAGUAUCUACAACUUCGUUGAAUUAACUGUUUUCAGAUCAAACUAUCUACACAAUGUGUAUGUUAUUAUAUUAUGCACCCAUUAUGUAUAGAUUAUUUUAUUAAUUUAUAUAAUUAACAAAGGAAUUCGCCUUCUUAUUUUUUUACUGUAGAUAAUGGCGUAUCUAGUUCAUUUAUUUUGUAGUAUGUAUUUGUUGGCCUUGAUGCUUUUGUUACUAAAAUAAUUAAACUUGUAUAUUGUUAUGUGAAAGUAUCAUUUCAUGCUGUAUUACAGAUUGGUACCAACAAAAUAUGUCAUUUAAUUUUCUAUCCUUAAUUCCUUUCUUUUGCGGUUUUUAGUUGAGAGUUGAAAACUGUCGUAAAUUUGCUUAUCCUACUAAUUCGGACUUUGAUUUUUUCUAUAAAAAGAGAAUAUUUUAUUUUGAAAUAAAAAUAAUCAUAGCAUCUUUACUUAAACAGUAAAACAACUAAAAUAUUUAUUGUCUAAUAAGUGUAAAGUUACAAAAAUAUAACUUAUAGCUACAAACAGACCAAAGGAUACAUAACAUAUUAUUCUUUUAUUAUGAGGUUUGAAUGAGUAGACUUACAAGUUGUAGUUUUUUACCAUGAAAUGCCUAUAUCAUUAAAAUAAACAAUUGUUCUAAGAAAUGCAUGUUCUUGAUGAAGAGAGUCCCAAAAUUUCAUUCUCUCAUAAAAUGGAUUUCUGCCUUUUGUAAGUUCUGAUCCUAUGCUGAGGUAGUUUAACUUGUCCUUAUUUUCGACGGGAUCCCAUGUUAUUUGUAAGAGAGGAUCAUCUUCAUCAGGUGUUGGAUUGCUGGAAAAUAGACAAUGUAGAUACAGCAAGGAGUAUUUAAACAAUAUUUAUAUUGUAUUUACAGAAUCAACUUUAUACAAAUAAAACAUAGCUAUCCUUCUCCUGUUUGUAUUAUUGUAAUAGAGAAGUAUUUGAACAAGUGUUUAAUUACUAUGUAGAAUUAAACGUAUAUAGAGAGUUGUAUUAAACAAAUGCGAACUGUACGUGACAAUUUAACAAAAGUAAUGGCGGGAUUAAGAUUGAAAUAAGAAUAACUAGAUACCUUGUUUUGGCAAAAUUUGUCCAUAAUUUAAUAACUCUGCUUCUUGUGAUUACCGAAUCUCGACUUCCCUUGCAAAUUUCUGGCAUUUUUAUUCGGAAUAUAAAAGGUAGCUCUGCACAAUGACCAGGAGAGUUCAAAAAAUUUAUGUCUGUAGGUACUGACCAAUCACCAGCAUAGUUGACGAUAUAAUAGUACACUGGGGAUUCCGGUGCCGAUUGACUAUGCAGUCUUACAGUUCUAUUAACGUAAUAUAGAAAAUAGUAGUCGCUUAUGAAUUGUAAGUAUUGUGUUCUGGUAUCCGCUGUUAGAUGCUCUUCACCACCCAAAUAGAACUUUAACAAUUGUUGACCUAUACUUUUUGUUAAUUUGUCUUCUCUUGCGAUCGAGCUAGGCACAAUAAGACUAGCAUUUUCGUUAAACUUUUCAUAAUCAGAAUAGAAGUCUUUUUUAAUGAAUUCCAAUAACGCAGCUUCAAUGUUAUUACUACCAAUGAUUAAAGGCACUUUGUUGAAGUUUCCAGAUUUCAUAAUAAGAAGAGGACUUUUGGUAAUAAAUGCAGGUUGGCCUUCAAAGUCAACUUCGAUACAUGGCUUGAAGAUUGCGUCAAUGAUGUCAUGAUUUGCAGCUUUUUGUGCUCUAAGCGCCAUAUUAUAAAACGCCUGCAUUAUAUCUGACGCAGGUAAAGUUCGUAGCUCUUCAAUAAUUUCUACUUUAUUUGUUUUCUGGAUAUUCAAUUCAUUUGCUAGUUCUAUAACAGCUUGGGAGGGAUUUUUGGUUAAAGACCAGUUGUUUAGUGCACUUGCGCUUUGUAUAAUCGCUUUGUGGAAAAGACCUGUAGCCAUUGGGGAUAACAUCAUGAGAUGGACCAUAGCUCCUCCUGACGAACUUCCAAAAAUGGUGACAUUGUCUGGAUCGCCUCCAAAAACAGAUAUAUUUCUUUGCACCCAUUUUAAAGCCAUGACUAAAUCCUUCAGCCCACAAUUACCUGGUGCUGUAAAAUCAUUGAUGGAGAGGAAGCCAAAUGGUCCUAACCGGAAACCACAUCUUACAAAUACAACAUUUUCAUUAUUGAUCAAUGAAGCAUCAAAUAUUUGAUCCAUUAUGCCUGCAAAUCCAUAACUUCCAAUCCAGAACAUAACUGGCAUAGGUGUGUCAGGCUGUAUACUAGGGGUUGAGAUUUCAAUAUAAAGGCAAUCUUCAGAACCUUCUAAGUUUUUAUUUAAGAUACAGCAUAGCUGUAGGGGUUGCUUCACAGUACAAUCUCGUAAUUCUUCCCACGGUUCAAUGGGGGAUGGAGGCUGCAAAAAAUAAUUAAAACAAUCAUGGGUUGAAAUUACAAAUAAUG